GGACCACAUGGAAGCUGGCAGCAGCACAGUCCUGAUCAUGAAACCUUCCCAGAGUAAGCAGUAAGGCCACCACAUGAAUGAGCCUCUGGGAUGAGCAUUACUGGGAGAGUACAGAUGAAGGCAGUUUCAGAAACUACUCAAUGAGCCCAGAUGGCUUAGUGGGUAGAGGUGCUUUCACACAGGCCUCACGACCUUAGUUUACUACCUGGGUCCCACAAGGGUCAGGAAAGAGUGGCUCAGAGCUUCUUGGUUUCCAGGAAUGAUGGUUGGCGAUGUGAAUGCCACACAGGAUAAACCACCUCUGGAGCAGAACUUGGAAAUCCAACUGAUGUAGAGCCCGUCUGUGGCUGUGUCAAAACAAGGACCUCAGCACCUUGAGGGCGGUGAGACUGUUGUGGUUGGUGUGAGCUAGCCCUGCGCUCAACAACGGACCAAGAUGAUUGGCAUGAUUCCAGUGACCGAGUUUCGCCAGUUCUCCGAGCAGCAGCCUGCCUUCCGGGUGCUGAAGCCAUGGUGGGAUGUGUUCACAGAUUACCUCUCGGUGGCCAUGCUGAUGAUCGGAGUGUUUGGAUGUACAUUACAGGUCAUGCAAGACAGGAUCAUCUGCCUCCCGAAAAGAGUGCAGCCUGAUCAGAACCACUCUUCCCUUUCCAAUGUCUCUCAGGCAGUUAUCAGUACCACGCCACUGCCUCCGCCUAAGCCCUCUCCCACCAACCCCGCCACGGUGGAGAUGAAAGGACUGAAGACAGACCUGGACCUUCAACAGUACAGCUUCAUCAACCAGAUAUGUUACGAGCGAGCCCUCCACUGGUAUGCCAAGUACUUCCCGUACCUUGUGCUCAUCCACACCCUGGUCUUCAUGCUCUGCAGCAAUUUCUGGUUCAAAUUCCCCGGUUCCAGUUCCAAGAUAGAACAUUUCGUCUCCAUCCUGGGGAAGUGCUUUGACUCCCCGUGGACUACACGGGCGCUCUCCGAAGUGUCUGGGGAGGACUCGGAAGAGAAAGAUAACAGGAAGAACAACAUGAGCAGGCCCAACACCAUCCAGUCCGGUCCUGAAGGCAAUCUGGUCAACGCCCAGUCUCUCAAGUCAAUUCCUGAGAAGUUUGUGGUUGACAAAUCCACGGCAGGAGCUCUGGACAAAAAGGAAGGGGAGCAGGCGAAGGCCUUGUUUGAGAAGGUGAAGAAGUUCAGGCUGCACGUGGAAGAAGGUGACAUCCUGUACGCCAUGUACGUCCGGCAGACCGUGCUUAAGGUUAUCAAGUUCCUGAUCAUCAUUGCGUAUAACAGCGCUCUGGUUUCCAAAGUCCAGUUUACAGUGGACUGUAACGUGGACAUCCAGGACAUGACGGGCUAUAAAAACUUUUCUUGCAACCACACCAUGGCUCAUUUGUUCUCUAAGCUAUCCUUCUGUUACCUGUGCUUCGUGAGCAUCUAUGGCUUGACGUGCCUUUAUACCUUGUACUGGCUCUUCUACCGUUCUCUGAAGGAAUAUUCUUUCGAGUAUGUCCGGCAGGAGACUGGAAUCGAUGACAUUCCGGAUGUGAAGAAUGACUUUGCCUUUAUGCUCCAUAUGAUAGACCAAUAUGACCCUCUCUAUUCCAAGAGGUUUGCAGUGUUCCUGUCUGAAGUCAGUGAGAACAAAUUAAAGCAGCUCAAUUUAAAUAAUGAGUGGACCCCCGACAAACUGAGGCAGAAGCUGCAGAUGAACGCCCACAACCGCCUGGAGCUGCCUCUGAUCAUGCUGUCCGGCCUUCCUGACACCGUGUUUGAGAUCACAGAGCUGCAGUCUCUGAAGCUGGAGAUCAUUAAGAACGUCAUGAUACCCGCCACCAUCGCCCAGCUAGACAACCUCCAGGAGCUCUCUCUGCACCAGUGCUCUGUCAAAAUCCACAGCGCAGCGCUCUCUUUCCUGAAGGAAAACCUCAAAGUCCUGAGCGUCAAGUUUGAUGACAUGAGGGAGCUGCCCCCCUGGAUGUACGGCCUCCGAAACCUGGAAGAGCUCUACCUGGUUGGUUCUCUGAGUCACGACAUCUCCAAAAAUGUCACCCUGGAGUCUCUGCGGGAUCUCAAAAGCCUUAAAAUCCUCUCCCUCAAGAGCAACGUCUCCAAAAUCCCUCAGGCCGUGGCGGAUGUGUCCAGUCACCUCCAGAAGAUGUGCAUCCACAAUGACGGCACCAAGCUGGUGAUGCUGAACAACCUGAAGAAGCUGGUCAACCUGACAGAGCUGGAGCUGGUGCACUGUGACCUGGAGCGCAUUCCCCAUGCCGUCUUCAGCCUCCUCAGCCUCCAGGAACUGGACCUGAAGGAAAACAACCUGAAGUCAAUAGAAGAAAUCGUGAGCUUCCAGCACUUGAGGAAGCUCACCGUGCUCAAACUGUGGUACAACAGCAUCACGUACAUCCCAGAGCACAUCAAGAAACUGACCAGCCUGGAGCGACUGUAUUUCAGCCACAACAAGGUAGAGGUGCUGCCUUCCCACCUCUUCCUAUGCAACAAAAUCCGAUACCUGGACUUGUCCUACAACGACAUCCGCUUCAUCCCGCCCGAAAUCGGAGUUCUGCAGAGUUUACACUAUUUCUCCAUCACCUGUAACAAAGUCGAAAGCCUUCCAGACGAACUCUACUUCUGCAAGAAACUUAAAACUUUGAAGAUUGGGAAAAACAGCCUCUCCGUACUUUCACCAAAAAUUGGAAAUUUACUGUUUCUUUCCUACCUAGACAUCAAAGGCAAUCACUUUGAGGUCCUCCCUCCCGAGCUGGGAGACUGCCGGGCUCUGAAGCGAGCUGGGUUAGUUGUGGAAGAGGCUCUGUUUGAGACCCUGCCCUCAGAUGUCCGGGAGCAAAUGAAAGCCGAGUAGCUGAUUUCGCAUCAAAACGUGACUGAAAUACGCUUCUACCAAAUACAGUAUAAAGAGUUAGGUCAUCCUAAUGCCUUUCCUAGAUUAUUUUUGGGUUUUUUUUUUUUUUUUUAGUUUUUUUGUUUUUCACACAAGACAAAAUGUACACAAAGAUUGAGUAAGGAGUAUGUAUUUUUUAAUAAAAAUUUGAUUGUAUUUUUUCAAUAUUAAUAUUUUUAAGUUUUAUUUGUCCUGGAAGCUAAUGCACCUUGUUAUUUCCUACCGAUAGGAAUGGGUGGUUCCUUCUGGCUUUGGGUUUUGUUUUUUUACUUAAGUUCAUUCUUGUGAAAGGAAAGGAAUUGUAGCUCGUGUGCAUUUUGGCAUAUUUUAAAUGGGUUAAGAUAACUUUGCCAACACCAUUUUUACCUUGUUCCUCCUUGUCCAGGUCUCUGUCAGUACCGUCAUCAUGUGUACCAAGGAGUCUGGGCCGGUUGUCCUCAGAUCAGCGGCCUUCUCCCUUGGCCAGUUUUCCACUCCGUAGUUCACAUAAGUGCAAUGUCACAGAGCACCGUCUUGAAAAUUCUCCCUCUUCCAACACUAUCAAUUGUGUUAUUUCCCAAACAACAUUUCCAGUUCGCCUCAGAGGGGCUUUUUAAAUGGGUGAAGAACGCAAUCCCCAGUGGUCACCAUCCCCAUGUUCAUUUAUCAUUUGCUGUUUAACUGAUUUGUAUUUUUACCAACCUCCUAAAAUUUGUCAGUAAAAAUUAAGUACAACCUUCCCCCGACCCCAAUCCACCUCAGUAUUGCCAUGUGGUACUGGUGAGCAACCUUUGGGAAAUUAGAUUCAUUUUAAAAUUCUGGCAGAUAAUUAAAUUUUAAAUCAUAGGAUUAGAAGCCUGUUUUGAGUAAUUUAAUCAUUUUUGAUGUCUUGAUAUGUGGACGCAUCAGAUGGUAAACAGUCUUGCUGCUAAGGCACUCUGUUAAAAAGCUAUUCCAACAGGCCCCGCCCCUUCCCUGGGCCCUGCGCAGCCAUGUUCUGCAGGCCGAUCAGAACAGCCCAGCACAUAUGUAUGUACAGUCAUCCACUUCCCGCAAGCCUGCCCUUGAUGCAGAUGCUAGGGACACAAGCAUGGGAUCUCCUCAGCUCUCUGCUUAAAAUCGCAUCUCCCUGAAGUCAGGCCUUUCCCUUCCCAGAUGUGUGACUCUCCUGGGAGUGCUGUCACUCAGCAAUAAUCCCUGCCUGGUGGCCGGCAGAGCUUUCCCUUUACCUUUAUCUUCCUAAAAUCCAGACUUAAGACAGAGCUGUCGGGGUGUAGCUCAGUGACGAAGAGUUGGUCCAGCAGCAUGCCCCAAAGCCUGAGCUUAGUCAUCUGGCACUACAAAACAAACAACCGGGCGAUGCUCAUUAUUUUGAGCGGAUGAGGAAUGAAGGACGGAUCUGUGAGACGGGCCAGCCAUGUUGAGCAAGAGCUUCUGUUUUCCCUUUAAAGUUUCAGUCAUGAAACUUUUUUUUUUUUUUUUACUGUUAUGGCUAUACUUCUUAUACGAAGAAAUAUUCAAUUUUAGUAUAUGGUGGUCCUGAGUAUAAGUGAUGUAUCAUGUUCAGAAACAGCUUUGUCUUAAAGAAGGAAUGUAUGGGCAGAUUGUCUGUUAUUGAGCAUGAGUAACCUGUUGUGGAAAGGUAAACCGAGUCAGUGAAUGCACUGUCUUGAUUGUUAAAAUUUAUAGUAAUUUUCAGCAUCACCCUUCAAAGGGAAUCUAUUCAGGUUAAAUACCAUAUUUAUGCUGAAGUCUCUAUGUGGCAUUAACUGAAAAUCCCAUGUGAGUUCAUAACUAAGUCACCAAUAAUUCAAUUUUAUCAAGCUUCCAAAAUAAUUUGAUUUAUUUUUGUAAUGAUUCUGCAGGCUGAGUCCCAACCUAAGUUGUAAAUAACAUCCAAUAAAUCAGUAUAAUUCUGUGACUUUAUGUUUUAACCAAGAGUAAAAAUUCAUAGAUCUUUCUAUUAGAUUUUAUAAAACUUCCAAAGCCUCAAACUUAACUUUGAAGACUUUAAAUUUUCUGAUUCUUAUCCUUUUUAAUACAGUAAGUUUUUGUUCACAUUCUUGAGUAAGAUGUGUCCGGUCACUAUUUAGCCUUCCAAUGGAAAACUCAGGUACCUGAGCUGCUGACUUUUCUAAUGUUCUUCGAUCCAACUCAGUGCAUAGAGGCUGUUUGCCUCGUCCAUCACUCUGUUUUCCAAGUGCUCUUCCUGAGGAGGACCAGCCAGCUCUUUGUCCAACCUCUGGUUCACAGCAAACUGCUGUGUCCAUCACAAAUGUGCCAUCUGUAUUCUUAACUCCAGGGGCAGCGUCAGGCUCAAGGUGGGCAAUGAAGUCCAGCAAUGGAGUGCAGAACAAACAGCUGUCUGGUGGUUGUCUGGCUGCAAGGUCCUAACAGAGCCCCACCUAAGGGGCUGGCAGGAUGGGUUUGUGGGUAAAAGGGCACUUGCCACCCAGACUAAGGACCUGAGUUUGACUCCCAGGAUCCACACCGUGGGAGGAGAGAACCAGCUCCCAUAAGUUGUGCUCUGGCCUCCACAGAGGUGCUAUGGCAUGAGCACCUACACAAAUCCACACACUAAUUAACGUAAUUGUUUUCCAUCACAAACACCUAAGAAGGAAACACCUCAGGAGAGCAUUGUGUUUUCUUGUUACAGGAUUUGGUCUGGUUUUGGAUAUCAAAACUCUUGAUGAGAUAAAAAUCCGGUGUCUACACAUGUAGGUUCUUCACGUUGCCCACCCAGCUCUUCCCUGCUGUUAUAAUGAAAUCUGACAAUCCCCAUGGCAUCUUGAGCCUGCUUUUCCAGGCAGCUUGGGAAAUGUUCUUGCCCCACGGACUCUGUUCAUUUUGAUUGUACGUCCUGCUUCAGAAGGGUCUGAAACAACCCGGACUCCUUUUUUGGGUUUCUUGGAACAAAAGAAGUCCAGUUUUUUACAGUAUGCUAGUUUAUGGUUUCAAUUUAUCUCACUCUAAUCCAAUUUCAUACCAAAAGCCCGAUCAACAGUAUUGGCAUUUCAACAGUGACAUUUAUGGCUCACAGAUACAAAAUCCGUUAGCAUUACUCUUGCAAAUAACAUAAAUGUGGAUGUAAUUUCAGCUUCUUGGAGCAUAAGACUACAUUACUGUUGUCCUGUGACCCCUGAAUGAGAUGGUGCUGAAUAGUUUACACUGGGCCAGAAUCUCAAAAACAGGGCCACACUCAAGUGAGCAAAAUGGCAUGGUGACCAGGAAGAGACUUUCUGGAAGGGACUGUGUGAUGUCUGCAUCGUGUCUGCUUAGAGACAAAGUAAGAAAACUCAGACAGUGUUACCUAGAGCCGCCGUGAGUUUUCGGAUUUAACUCCUGACCUUCUAAUAAUUUGGUAUCAGCCUUCCAAACAAGUAUCCAUCCCCCAUUCCCCUGUCCCAAAGUCGCCCACUAAUAAGAUGGCAUCUUCAUGUUUAAGGGAGAGAGAAGAGAGUCUCUCUCUGCCCCCGAGGAAUUAUUUGUUAAUCAGAGGGAUUAUAUAAUAUGUGCAGCUUAACUUGUUCACCAAAUAGCAGCCACUAUGUAUUUAGGGUUUGGUGUCUGAGCCAGGGCCUUGCUUUGUAGCCCAGGCUGACCUUGAACUUGAGAAUCUCGUGCCUCACCUUCCAGGGCACUGGAUUGCAGGUGUUCACCCCUGACCUGAAUGGCUCCUAAUGUAUUUGUUUGCAUCUCUGUCAUCCCACCAUGCUACUCUUUGGGGUUGACACUCCACGCCUUAUGUGCUUGCUCAGUGUUCUGCAUUUGUUUACAAUGUUCCCGUGCAUUCAGACUGUCCAGUGCUGGAAAACUUCUUGGACUGUCAAGAAAAAGGACUGAGAGUUGAUUUGUCAUAAUACAUGUUCAUGAAAGGAAACGUCUUAAUGUUAUUUGGCUAUGUAGUGUAUAGGAACAAAAAUAAAGUCAUUUUUGUAACUUAA